AUGGCGAAGGAUAAAGAACGAACGAUCAAUCCGGCGCAGCAGCAGCGCAAGCUGGAAAAGGCGAAACAGAUCAAGAAGAGUCGCGCCGAACUGCAAGCCAAGCGCAACGAAAAAUUGGCGCGGAGGAACCCCGAGCGCAUCCAACGGCAGAUCGACGACCUCAAGGCCCUCGAAGCCGCCGGCCAGAUCAAACCGCGCGAGAAGGCCAUCCUCGACGACCUCGAACGAGACCUCAAAGCCAUUCGCAAAGCCCGAGAAGCAUUGGGGGACAAGGCCCCCAGUUUUGGCGGCGGACCACCGCAACGGAGAAGAGACGGGGAUCAUGGCAACGUCCUGGGAAAGCGGCGGCACGAUGGGGAGCGCAAACCGUGGCAGCGUCGACAGGACUCUUCGGGGAGCGACACAGAUGACUCCGUCCGGAGGAUACCUAUGCCCGAGGACACCCCGCCUCCCAUACCGCGGGAGUUCCGCCGUGGCUUCCAGCAGGCGGACAAUGCGCACCAGACCAUCAACCCUGAAGUACCGAGCAGGCCUGCUCCAGUUGUGAAGACCACCUACGAGAGUGCUCCGCAAAUCAGAGAUCUGCGGAAAGAGGCAGUGGGUAGAUUUGUCCCAACGGUCGUGCGCAAGAAGCAGGAAGCCGCCAAAGGAGGCGGAUUCGGCCACUUGGUGGAGCCCGAAGAGCUGGAUCGGUUAGAGGCCCAGGGCUACACGCGAACAGAUCGGGAGACGAGAGCAGGCUCAGGCACAGGCUCAGGCUCAAGCACAGGAACAGAGCAUGCUAUGGAGGUAGACGCGGCGAAGCUGGCCGAAGAGGAAGAGCGCUUUCUACGCGAAUUGGGCAUGGAGGCGGUGGCCGACGAGGGCUCUCACGAUAGAGAUGCGCACGAAGAUGCUCUCGCGGCCGCUGAAACGCAGACGCCCAAAAGAAAUGUCGAGGUCGAGGAAGUUCGGGAUGAAGAUGCUUGA